CCUCUUGAUUCCGUUCAGAAUAUUUGUUUGUAAUACCGGCUGGGAUAUUUACCAACACUGACCGCUUGCAGGUUUGUUUAUCUCGAAGUCAGGUAAACGCUCUGAUGCUCUAUCUGUCAUACUCUACAACGUUCGCGCCAAUUUAUCCUACUACCUGUGCGAAAAGGCUACAGUUGCGAAUAAAACACUAAUGCCUGAUCUAGCCUGCUUUAGUUACAAUAGGUUCUUCCAAAUGUCAACAUUUCAAAGAGUCGCAAUUAUUGUCAUAACAAUGUCAUAUUACCACAACGUCCUUGGCGAUAUGACGAAAAUGUCGAAGAAGUCGCAUGUUGAGGACUUUGAAGGCGUUACUGUAUUAUUUGAGGCUCUUACAACAUCGCCAAACGACGACAACUGUCGUAUAUCUCAAGGAAUGUACGUCCUGGAAUAAAUGCAGGCAAACUUGUUACAAGACGGGAGCAACGAGCUACAGGUGGUUUCAUGACGGC